CAUGGUGACCCGAAGAAUCUGCCCAGAGGUCACCCUGUUUGCUUCUCCGUCUCCAAUUUCGAUUCAUUUGUUCAGACCCUCAAGGAGAAAGGAAUUGAAGUUCACGAGAGGACUCAACCAGAUGGCAAGACCAAACAAGUCUUUUUCUUUGAUCCAGAUGGGAAUGGUUUGGAGGUAAGCAGUGCGGCUCCUCUCUCCUGAACAGUGACCAAAUACUUGGUCCCGCGUAAUUUGUAGCCAUAAGUUUUAGAGUACUAUGAACCCACAGGCCUUAGGAAACAUUAGCUCGGAUUAUGACCUUACGUAAAAUUGCCUAUUGGUAUGAAAAUAUUUUUCUGUUGUUUACUGAUGUUUUCUCCUUGCAAUUGC